UGCAGGCCAGGCUGUUGUCAGCUCUUGGAGGCACCUUACCAGCCUUUGGGGGUGCUUUGUGCUCCUGCUGGGAUCACAGCAGAAAAUCUGGUGAUUCCUAUGGUCUGGAGGGUGUCUCAGCCUUUAUAUGUGCACAUGUCAGGGCAGUGUGGGGACAGCAGGCUCACCUGGUCUGGUGUACGUGCCACAGGAGAGGGCCCUUUGCCAGCACCUAGGAAGAGGUGUUUCUCUUGUCUGUGAGGCAAGUGGCAAGGAGAAGAAAGUCUCUCAGCCCUUCCCACCACUCCUCUAUUUAUCUCAGUUUUUCAGCGGGCAUCCAGAUCUGCAGAUUCACUGCUCAUAUUUAACGUUUGUUGGGGAGUCCAUGGAAUUGUGUCAGCAAAGGUUUUAUUGCUUCCCAGCAGGCUUUAAAUGUCUUGGCAUGUUCUCUGACUGUAAUCUUAGCUUCUUCAUGAUGGCACUGUAAUGCCUGCAGUGUCUACUGAGCACCUGAGUUACUUAAUGUUUGUUAUAUUUUUGAGGCUGUCUGACAUCAGCUGGUUCUUUGUUGACGUAGGUCCUCCUCCAAGCACACAGUUUUGUUCUCCAUAGGAAUCUCUGUUUUCCAUUAUUUGGAGAAGUGCUCCUUCAGCUUUUCCCUCAGUUCUUACGGUUACUGUCAGGUUGGGCUGCACAUCAGGGAGAUUUGGCUGCCUUUGGAGGUUCUUGCCUAAAUUAUGCUAAGAUUCUUCAAUCCAAAGACUAAAUGGGACACAGGGUACCACAGACAUCCCUGGCACUGUGUCUGUACUGGGCUGACCACUUAACUCAAGAUCCAUUGCUUGUUUCUGUUCCCAGCUAGUAGCAUGGUGUGUCUCAAGCCCUUCCUGGUCACCUGACUGGUUGUUGUAAUGGCUCUUCCUCUCAUACCAGGAUUUCUCAGAGGAGUAGGUUUUGGCAUGCAGUUGGUGGAAUCUGCUGGAAGGUACCACUCCUCCCAGGAUAUGUGCUCUCACAGAGCUUCAGCACUGUGGGAUCAGCCAGUCUGGUUCAUCUCCCAGCAAGGAUCUUGGGCGGCUCAAUGUACUACAGAGUUCUGCCCUUUUCCUUUCAGGGAGUCUUGCUAGUUCCCUAAGGAGCUAGGUUUUGUGGUUGGGCGCUGCUUAUUCCAGGCUAUCUCUGGGAGGUGAAGCCUCCUGGUCCUCAGGCUGGUACUGCUUCCUCCAGCAGCUGCUGUGAUGUGCAGCCUUGUAACAGAUGGAGCUUUGAUACAUUUCAUUAUUUUAAAUACUGGGGAAUUCUGUUUGCCUUCUUUCUUUGUACUGUAUUUUGGUUUGGCUUUUUUUGUUUGUUUUGGGGUUUUUUGUUGGUUUUUUUUUUUUUUUUUUUUUCUAGACUAUGAUGCCCCAGGAACCCACAUUAAACUUUUCUGGAGUGGAUUUGUGUAUUCUAAUUUAGAUGACUGAUUUACAUGGCAUGUUAGUGGUGCUGUUCUUCCCACCACACAUUUACUGUAACAGGAGAUGGCUGUGUCCUCUGUGUCCUGAUACCGUGCUGUCCUCAUCUCCUGAGAGGGCUGGGUGCUCUACUUGUGGUCAGCAGAGACCUGUUGGUGGUCUGAGGUUUUUUCCCAGAGUCUGAACUGCAGAAAAGCUGGUUUGAAGCCCCUCAUGAAGGUGCCAGAAUUGACCUAGAGAACCUGAGCCAGUCUGUAGCUUGAGAAAGGUUUGCACUCUUGGAUGACAGACAGGGGGCUUGUAGUGCUCACUGCCUGCUGGGCAGGCAGCCAGGCCUCAUGGAGUGAUUGGGGCAGUCCAGCAGUCCUCAUUAGAGGCUCCAAGGUUUGGGAAUGAACUGUAGUGUUUUGAUCUGGGUGUAAGACUAGGUGUAUUGGCAUCACCCUUUGUGUGGUGUCAGCAGAACAGGGAUCUAGAACUAAAUUCAAGCUUUGCAUAGCCCAAAAAAGUUUUAGUCUCUGAUCCAGAGUACAUCUUUUAGGAUUAAUGGAUUGGACCAGACUUCUCAAGUAGUUCUAGCUUUUAGUAAAUGCCCUUUGGGUUCUCUCAGUGCCUACUGUGAGCAAACCCUUGAUUUUAGGGAACAGUUUUAAAGUGAAAUGUACCUUCAUCCCCUUUAUGUGGCAGGUGAUUGAACCUGAUAAUUCAGUGAGCUGAGGCGAUCUCAAGAGAGGAAUGUUUUAGGACACAGCUAAGUUGUUGAGGGAGAGCUGCACUUUGAUCCUAAGAGCAAGGCUGAAUUUUAAAGAUCCCAGAAGAUGUCUGCUCACAUCCUCGUGCCAAGGCCCUGACAGCAGUGGAUGUCACUGGAGUAGGUGUCUCACAAAGAGAAGAAUUUUAAAGAUCCCAGAAGAUGAUGUCUGCUUACAUCCUUGUGCCAAGGCACUGACAGCAGUGGAUGUCACUGGAGUAGGUGUCUCACAAAGAGAAGAUUGGCCCUGCCCGCCUGGGAUUGCUGCUGCUCCCCAGGUCAGUGAGAUGGGAAGGUCACAGGAGUAUGGGAGGUCUCCAGAUUCACUGAGGCUUUGUGUCCAAUUUCCAAAAGCUGCCAGCAGUACUGCUCUGAGCUCUCCAGGUCCUGGGAGCUGGGCUCUUGGCCUUGACGUACAUAAAAGUUUUAGGGUGGCUGUACCAUGAGCUCACCUUUCCACUCACUUUCCCCAUCUCUCUCUCCCUGUGCAAUCUGACACAGCCAGUGUGUGUUUUCACUUUUUAUCACAGGUGUGAAGCCAGUCAUUGACAGAACCCUCUUUUUGGAGGAUGAGAGGAUUAUUGGGUAGGUCCUGAAGCAAAAGGUUGAGAGUAACAUCCUAGGGAAAUAAUGGGUAGAUGAAACUCUGACUCCCAUGCUGACUGGGAGCUCUGAGGUUCACCUUGGCUGAGUGAUGCCCCAGCCAGUUUGGUCAGUGCUGCUGGCCCAGCCCCAGCCUGGCUCUCUGACUCUCCCUGUGUUGCCCCUGUGCCAACAGGUAACCCCACCAGGUAACCAACCCAUCCUCACCUUUGGAGGCUGUUCUGCUUCCUGGCCUUGCCAUCUCCUGGCAGGUACAUCGCUGACAAAGCAGUGGGGGACAGGUCACAGCCUGCCUUGUUGACAGAGUUACAAAAUGGAUUCCAGGACCAAGCCCAUCCCACAAAACACCAGGAUUAAAUAUCAAAAUCCUUGGUGUUGCCUAUGUGCUUAAAAGUGCUGAGGAAAAGGGCUUUAUCAAGAGGGAGGAUCAGCUGAGGCUGGGAAUUGUCCCUCAGGCUCCUGGUGCUUCCCAGGGAGCAUCUGUGUUCCCCUGCCUUUGGCUCUGCUUGCAUGAGGCACUUCCAGCCCUAUUGCUAGACCAGAAGACUGGGGAUGGAAAGGGAGCCCAGUGAACUGGGAGAACAAGGAGGAGGGGAGGAGCAGAUUUUUUUGGAGGUUGCUCAUGGAAGCAUGCUCCAGUUAGGGCCGUGGGUGGGGAGAGUAUCCUGGGACCCCACAUUGAUCCCUGUGCUUGCUGCAGCACUGCUGAGCCAGGCCAGGGGCUGGGAAGAGUUCACUGUUCCCUACUUCUGUCAGCCAGCAGCCUGCCCUUUUUCCAUUUGUGUUUGGUGUUGGGCUGCACUGUCCAUCCUACUGAUGGGCCUGGGCUUCAGCAGCCGGACUAACUGGAAGACUGCCCUUGUAGCUAAAUUGGAAGGACCAGCAGCCAGUGCCCCAGAAGCCAGACACCCUCCUCCCUCUCAUCCCUCAGAGCCCAUUUGUGAGCCUGUAAUGUGCUGACCAUAAUAAAGGGGGACUCCCAUAAUGAGGGAAUUUCCAUCCUUACCUGUAGCCAUUUAGAGGAGGAUCCUGUGCUUGUCAGUUCUGAAAUUACUCACUCUUCUGCCUCAGGAGCUGUUGAUGGCGGCACCUGAGGAGCUCAGUAAUUCUCCAGGAGGUGAGUGAUGCAUCCCGGCCUUUGAUUUAGCCUGCUUAAACAGGCCUAGUUCUUAAAUUUAACGGGCUUUAGCAAAAAUUUACUCUGUUAAUUUAAAAUACUAAUACAAUGAAUUAUUAUGGCAAGUAAUUCCACAGAAGAGUACAGAAUGAGAAAAAAAAUUUCAGAACAUCUUAGUAAGGUACAACAUUAUCUACUCUCAUGAUUCCACAAGCUUUCAUAGCUAAACCUCAGGCUUUGUCCCAGACAAAAGUAAACAUCUUUCACAUGAUUUCAGCAUAACAGAGUGUUACUGGUUCAGUGGUAGUCUGGAAGGUUAGGAAGUGGGUUGUAUUCACUACUUGCUUUUUUUCUUCUCUCUCAAAAGUCUCAUAGUUUAAAAGCAGAAAGGUAGCUGUAAACUACCUGUAGCCUGCAAAGUACAGCUGGCAGUGAGGCAUAAUCCCCCUGCACUUACCUGAGCUUCACAGGCUCAUAACAAGUGUUGGAGCAGAAUUUAUUUAAAAGGAAAAUAAGUAGCAACUAAGUAAAUGUACGGAAGGAGUUACUUAACCAACCAACUUAACCAUUGGAUGAAAAUCAGGGUAGGGCAAGAGGAGUCAUGGGAAUGUUUAAAUCUGUCAGAAAUGUGAUGACAUUAUGAGCAAUAACUACUCCAUGUUCCAUCCCUGGGCCCCUCCUACACUCACUUAGCAGUAUUUCUACAUUUCUAAUGCAACCUGCCUGUGUGACAAAUCCACACACAUGUUGCACCCAAUUAGUGUCAAGCAUAAGAGCUGCUGUAGCUGUGUCUCACCUCUCUAAAACCCUCCUGGAAGCAAUUUUCCCAGCAUACAAAGAAUUAACCCCGAUUCUCCUAAAUCUCUCAGAGGACAGUUCCCAAAUAAGGGCCAAGUAAACACAUGUAAUACAUGAUAAAGCAUUCUAAUUCAUUAGAUAAUCUUCCCAGCAGCAGGUGCAGGGUAUUAGCUGCUUUAAGUGUUCAAUGUUAUAUGUAAUUCAAAAUGUCAGGGGAAGUGAGACAAGGCACUUGAAUAGGCAGAAAAGAAGAAUACGUGGCUUAAAAAACAUAAACCUUCUUUCCCCCUCUAAAAAGAUACAAAAAAACCCCACGGCACACAGCCAGACAAAGUGGAAAAGAAAAAUAAAUGUACACCUACUGUAGGAAGUAUAACUUUACCUGUGUCCCAGUCACUCCAGAAGCACCAGGAGAUGAAGUGAGGAGAGCAGAGGGAGGGAGUACAAUCCUUCCUGGGGUACCAACUGCAGCAGGGUCAAACCAUUAGCUGAAUUUGACAAAUGACUUACAUGACCGCAGCUUGUGCAAGCAAUAGCCACUUGUGCUAUUGGAGUGUCCCAAGAAGUCUCCUUUGACACUGGCUGUCACUCUUCACAUACAUUUUCAGGUGACCAAACAUCUGCCACCUUCUGCUGUGGUGCACUGCAGGAAUUUGCCCCCUCCUUUCCUACUUUUGUUUCCUUGUGAUGCAGGCUGGCUGGCUGGCUCAGAAAGUGUCACCUGGCAGUGAGGGAGCAGCUCCCUGAACAGCAAGCAGCCCUGGGGUGGCUCCAGAUAGCUGCUGUGCUGUAAGAUGUGUGUCAGAAGUGGCUGAGAAGGGCUGGAGGGGGGCACCAAUGACCUUACAGUGGGUAUAGGAUGAGCAGAGCCAGAGGCUUUGUGUUGUCAGCACCCUCUGUGGCUGCUGGGGACAGGUGGGGUGGAGGUUAUGUUUCCCUUUGCUGUCACUGGCCCAGCUGCACAGGCAUUCCACCUGUGCCUUCCUGGGAUGCCCUGAGCAGGUGGGGAGUGUGCCUGGGCUUCCACACCCUCAUCAUUGUGUCCCUUCCUAGCUUUACCAGAGCCCAGGGUGUCUUCCCCACAGGGUGGGUUCUUUGUCCCCAGUGCUCCCCUGAUGUCCCGGGGAGGCCAGAGAAAUGGGUCUGGGUCUCCAACCUGAGCAGGGGCUGUGCUGGAGCAGCUACGGGCAGGAGAGAGGGGUCCUGACUGCUCAGGGCUACUGAGAACCAUUAAUCCCUGAGGCAGGCUGGGAGCUGCACAGCUCCUCUCUCUGUGCCAGCGGGAUUGGCCCUUGGCCACCUUCCCCGGGGCUCAGGGACAUGGCAGCACACGCCUGGAGUGUGACCUCUGUAGCCACAGGAGGACGGAGCCACCGCUCACCCAGUGAGUCAGGGGAGGCCACGUGAGGCCCCAGCCCCGACGCCUUCCCACCCAGGCUGGCCCUGGGAUCCCUGACCCAGGAUCCUGAACUGCCACACAGCCGUGAAGGAAGAAACUCGGCUUUCGCCACAGACCUCCAGGACAUCUUCCUGUGGAUCCAACUGCUAGAACCAGCCUAAGACUUGCAGGCACAGCAAUGGAGAAUUUGGAUGUCCCGAUCCCAGAUCUUACUGAAGAACAGCAAGAUAUUCUUCAGAGAGUUUUUGCUGCUGACGCCAAGUACUUGGAGAAUCAUGAGGAAAUGAACCAGUCCUUCUGGGAAUCACUUGUGAAACGCUUGGCCACUACUGACCCACCUAUCCUGAAUACUGAAGAAAAGAACAAUCUCCUUAACAGCUGUGUUGUCCUCCCUGGAGGCUGUGCUGCCUGCCUGAAAGCCAUAGAGAAGAAAGGAGUCAGGGCAAUAGCUCUUCUUUACCUUUUGCUGAAGACUUCCAACCCAUCUGGGUACAGGCAGCUGCCCAGCUCCAAGGGAAAGGAUGAAAAAUUGAAACUCCUGAAGAGUUUGGAAAGGAAUUUUGUCUAUUCAGAAGAGGACAAAAAGUCUGAAAACUUAUCCCAGGAGUCCAUAGAUGAAGAUACACAAGACAGUGAUGAGGAAGAUUUAGGAAGACAGAAGACUGAAGGUCAGUUACUUGGAGGAAUACCAGCCGAGGUGGUUCCCUACAGAGAUUCAGAGAUUGCCAGAAGAGAAGAUUCAGAUGCAGAUAUAUAUGAGGAGAGCACUCACCCCCCUCAGUGUACAGUACGGUGGAUGGGCAUACGGAAGGAUGAUGAAUUCUUUCAUUUUGUCAUUCUUUGCUUUGCCAUUGGAGCUUUACUAAUUUGCUACUACUAUUACAAAGAUUGGACUAUUUCUCUUGGGAUUGGUUUAAUCACCUUUGCUUCCCUGGAAACCACUGGCAUAUACUUUGGUCUAGUAUACCGAAUUCGGAGCGUCCUUGACAGCUUUGUUCCUCUGAUUGACAGAUUCAGGCUAAGAGGCAUGAGGAAAACUGCCUAGGAGGAGUAUGUCAGGAGAGUUCCCCAAACCUGGCUGUCCAAGUUUCCAAUACUAAAGGAACUGCUUUCUGAGGUGAACCUAACAACCAAAUGGCCAAUGUGAAAUACUGAAAUGUGAAACUUCUGAAAAACGUCACUCCUUUACCUCCAAAAUAAACCUGAAACUGGGGUACGGGGCCCCAUUGUGGAUUCCAAAGUGGUCUGGGGCUCAGAAGAGCUUGGAAGACAAUGGAGAUGUAGCUUUGUAUUCAAUUCCAUUGAAAUAUAAACACAGUCACCUUCCCUCCCACAGGCAGCCUUGCGGUGGUGCAUCUCUCAUUUAACAAACCACGCCAGUGUGCCUGUGGUGUACCAGAACCAACAGACCGAUGUCCUGUGCUGGUGCUGGCUUAGCCUCUGGCUGUUUCUGUAGGAUUCUGGCCUCCUCCUGCCCCCAGUGCUGCCCAGAACAGGCAGAGGCUGGCCCUGCUCUCCCAGCUGAGCCCCGGCGGUGCGAGCACUGGGGCUGAUGAAUUGAUCCCGGCAGAACUCAGAGCAGUGGGCAGGCAGUGGUUUCACCCGAGGAGAGCUGGGGAGAUGUUACAGGCACUGACAGAAUGCUGCAGUAAUGAGAUUAUUAACAAGAGCAGAUUUCAUCUUUUCCCAGGGGAAAAACAAAGUGCUUGAUUUGACUCAUCCCCCAACCUUUUUCUUUCUUUGAGUAAAAUAAACACAAAACUUUGA